GUUUUUCAUCUUAAAGAAGAGUUUCAGUAGCCUGGGGAUUUCAGUUUCCUCGCAUGAGAAGUAUGAAUUUGAGGGGGAGACCCUGAAGAUCAGCCCUGAGCAUGCUGAGAUUUGGGCAGCACCUGAUCAAGCCCUCGGUGGUGUUCCUGAGGACAGAGCUGAGCUUUGCUCUGGUGAACCGCAGGCCGGUGCUGCCAGGACAUGUCCUUGUGUGUCCCCUGCGGCCGGUGGAGCGUUUCCGUGACCUGCGUCCCGAGGAAGUGGCUGAUUUGUUCCGAACGGCGCAAAGGGUCGGCAACGUGGUGGAGAAACACUUCUGUGGCACCUCUCUCACCUUCUCCAUCCAGGAUGGCCCUGAAGCUGGACAAACAGUGAAGCAUGUUCAUGUCCAUGUGCUGCCAAGGAGGGCUGGAGACUUCAGCAGGAACGAUGAUGUCUACGAGGAGCUGCAGCACCACGACAAAGAUGAUUCCCCUGACAAGUGGAGGACAGAAGAAGAAAUGGCAGCUGAAGCAGAAAUUCUGAAGAAGUAUUUUCAGGAAAAUUAAAGGUAACAAAGUGCUUGAAACACAUCCCACAACACCAGAAAGUCCCCAGAAAGAACAACCUCAUUCUCCAGUUCUCAGUGGCCCUGAAGCUGCAGCUUGACAAUUUUAUUAUGUUCUACAAAUAUGGGAUUCUUCCAUGAAAAAUUUUAUUGGACCUUUGGAUAUCAUCAAGGUUGAAUUCCAGCUAAGACAACUAAACAGCACUGGUUCAAAAUACUGCUCUGAAUUGUAACUCAUAUUUUUCUGAAUUGUGUACUUGGGAAUGAAUCUUUUUAAAUUGUCCCUUGGCCUAAAUAGAAAUAAAGUGCCAGGAAAAUCAGGUA